GAGGUCGGCGCGUGCUGCUUCUUGCUCGCUGGUCUGGAGUUUUUUUUUCCUUGUGGUGCGUUGCUCGGAGCUGCUGUAGGGAUGAUGAUGAUGGCGGAGCUGGUGCAGGGACAGGCCUCGGUGGCUCAGGCCGGAAUGAAAGCAGACGGUUUCGCCGACGCUUUACAUCGAGCCCGACAGAUUGCAGCUAAAAUGGGCGGGGACCAGAUGUCCCACAUGAACAGCACUUCCCCAGUCGUAGACCCCUCUCUGUACGGCUAUGGAGGCCAGAAAAGGUCCCUGGAUGAAGGAGUGGGUAACCAGCUUGGUGGAAUGGUGCAUCAAAGGGCUGUCAUGACAGAAGACUUCAAAGUGCCUGAUAAAAUGGUGGGAUUCAUCAUCGGCAGAGGAGGUGAACAGAUCACAAGAAUUCAGCUGGAGUCGGGCUGCAAGAUUCAGAUCGCAGCAGACAGCGGGGGCAUGAUGGACAGGCCCUGCACUCUGACUGGGCCCCCGGAUUGCAUCGAGCAGGCGAAGCGGCUGUUGAGCCAGAUCGUGGAGCGGUGUCGAAACGGCCCCGGGUUCCACAGCGAGAUGGACGGGAACAGCGCCGUGCAGGAGAUCAUCAUCCCCGCCUGCAAAGUGGGCCUGGUCAUCGGCAAGGGCGGGGACACCAUCAAACAGCUGCAGGAGAGGACGGGGGUGAAGAUGCUGAUGAUUCAGGACGGGCCCAUGAACACGGGAGCUGACAAACCCCUCAGAAUCACCGGAGAUCCCUACAAAGUGCAGCAAGCGCGGGAGCUGGUGGUGGAGAUCAUCAAGGACCAGGGGGACUUCCGGCCCGGACGCAACGACUUCGGCUCCCGGCUCGGAGGCAGCAGUAUAGACGUGGCCGUUCCAAGGUUCGCGGUGGGGAUCGUCAUCGGCAGGAAUGGGGAGAUGAUCAAGAAGAUUCAGAACGACGCAGGUGUCAGGAUCCAGUUUAAGCCUGAUGACGGCAUCAGCCCCGACCGAAUCGCCCAGGUGAUGGGGCAGCCGGAGAGGUGUCAGCACGCGGUCCACCUGAUCAACGAGCUCGUUCACACCGCACAGCCCGUCUCCUCCCAAACCCGUGCCAGGUGGCCGCUGGACGGGGCCACCCUCGCCUCCCCUUCGGCCGGACUCGAACCCCUGUCCCUCUGGCUGGGCGGGGGGGAGCUCCUCAGACAGGCGUACGGUCAGGAGAGGGACGGAUUUGGGGGCCCCGCCGGGCCCCGGGGCCGGGGCAGAGGCCGCGGGGAGUGGAACAUGGGGGCGCCGGGGGGGCUGCAGGAAGUGACGUACACGAUACCCGCUGACAAGUGCGGCCUGGUGAUCGGGAAAGGUGGGGAGACCAUCAAGAACAUCAACCAGCAGUCGGGGGCGCACGUGGAGCUGCAGAGGAACCCCCCGCCCAACACCGACCCCAACGUCCGCAUCUUCUCCAUCCGGGGCACCCCCCAGCAGAUGGAGCUCGCUCGUCAGCUGAUCGACGAAAAAAUCGGGGGCUCCGGGCUCAGCAGCAGCAGCAGCUUCGGUCUGAACCCCUUCUCACAGGGUCCCGCGACACCUCACCAAAAUGGACCUCAGACCUUCAUGACUGGCGGCUGGGGGACAACAUACCAGACAUGGCAACCCCAGGGCCAGCAGGACCCCAGUCACAAUGGAUCCCAGGUGGGGCAGAUGGAUUAUUCCAAAGCGUGGGAGCAGUAUUAUAAAAAACUAGGUCAGCAGACCCAGGCCCAGAGCAGCGGCUCUGACUACAGCAAGGCCUGGGAGGAGUACUACAAGAAGCAGAGUCAGGCCCCCGGGCCCGGCUCCCAGCAGAGCUCCCCCCCGGACUACAGCGCCGCCUGGGCAGAGUACUACCGCCAGCAGGGGGCGUACUACGGCCCAGGCACCCAGCCCGCACAGGCCCCCGGCCUUCAGGAACAUUAGAGUGGAUUCCCUUUAGUUGAAGAUUUUUUUUUUUUUUGAAUCGCUGAGAGGAUGAAAAACAAACCUUUUAUAACAGAGGUUUCUAGAUUUGCAACGCCUUGAAGACUUUUACUUUUUUUCUUAGUGAGAAACACUAGCUGUAGAACGACUUAUACAAUUAAAAAAAAAGAAUAAAAAUAUUUCUAAAUCAGGAACAUUUAAUUGUUACUAAAUACUUGUGUACACCAUUAUUUGAAUGGACAAUUUCCGGGAUCCCUUUUGGAUUUGAGUGAACUGUUUUGUUUUUCAAAUACUUUUUUUUUUCUUUCUUUUUUUUUUAACUGAAAUAUGAAAACACCAAAACGUACCCCGGAAUUGUAACAUUUCAGAAAAACGCAAUAUAAUCUAUUUUUUCUAGUUCUGUUGCAAUAAAAUCGUAAUUAAUGGCUUAGCAGUCUUGAGCACAUUAUUGUCCUUGUUGUUUUUUUUUUGUCAUGAAAGAACAGAUGUUUUAAGAAUAUGUAAAGAAGUGUUGUCUUUUACUUUUACAUAACGCAUUUUAAUUCAGUGAGACGAAACUGUGAUAUUUUGUUACAGGAAAAGGGUAUUCUUUUGUUACAAAAUACCAGGGGUGUUGUCAAAAAAUGGCAGUAAAUUCCUAAUGUAAUUCCUGUUUCUUGGCUUUGUGUUCUGUUAUUCAGUAUCAUUUUUAUUGUACUUCUGGUUUAAAAAAGGUGCAAUAUCUUAUUUCAUUUUUGAAACAAAGAUGGAUUCUAAUAUUUUGACAAACGUUAACUUGUAGUUUCUUAGAUUAUUUUUUUAGGCAUUGAAAAUGUAAUGGAUAAUUUUUUUAAAUUACAGUGCUCUGGCAUGGGAAAAGGGGGGGGUAUUUCAUUUUGCGAGAUUUUUUUUUUUUGCCUUUGCUAUCUUGUUAAACUAUGUAUGUAUGAUCAAAUACUUGACUAAAUACUUUAUUUAAAAUAUAUAUUAUAUAUGAUUAAAUCAAAGAGUUUUUCAGCAAGUCAUUUUCACAGGAGAAAAACUGUCCCUAUGCUCUGCGUUCUUUUCAUACUGAAAAUGUUCAAAGAUGGUGAAUGUGCUAGUUGAAAUUCGAUGUUGCAUCUUGCUUGUGUGGACAAAAAUAAGCGAUGAUAGAAUUUUUUUAUGUGUACUCUGUGCUUCAACCUCAAGACUGCUAAGCUUCAAUUGGAUCCUACCUGUGUAAUGAUUAAUAGUAGUUUUUUAUAUUCUAAGUAUUGAGAUCAAAGUUGUCUUAUUUGGUACCGGCCAGAUCACUCUAUGCCCCAACCAGUACACACUGUGGACUCUCUUUCAGUCCAAUGCUAAUACCUUUUUAAUUAUUUUUCUUUCUACUAUGUGUGAUCUAAUGUAUGUAUGAUUGAUUAGUUACAAAAUGAAUCUAGUAUUAACUGCAUUGCCUAAUGAAAAGGGAUAUUAUAAUUUCAAAAAAAUGUUUAAUUUUAGUGUUUUUUUUCCUCAUGUACAGAUAACAGUGUAUUAAAAAAAAAAAGUCGAAAGUAACUGUGUUUCUGUUGAAAUGUUUGGGGAGGGGGGAGGAGGGUUUUGCUUUCUUUUGGCUUGGUUUUAAUUUGGGCACAUUCCAAUGUGUAAUUUUGUCAUUUGUGAGUUGAAAUCAGGGCUCCUUGGGUUGAUCCAAGACUUAUAAAGGCAAUCUAUCCAGUAUACUGAAGAUAUAUUCAGAAUUUCAUGUUCUCAAAAAUAAAAAUGUUUAUUCCCUGUAGA